ACAAACGCCCUUGGGUGUGCAUCACUUCAAGCAAACGGAAGUGUGUCCCGCUGAGAGUGGGGAUGCCUGGCUGGGGGUGGGGGGACCUGAGUGCACCACAUCCAGCUGGGAGUGAAAUUCCUGGAGAAAGCCCCCUUCCUGUCGCAGCACCCACAGCACUCUGAGCCUGCUUGCAGCCCAACGGCCUCGCUGAGAAUGCUCCAUUUAAAAGUGCAGUUUUUGGAUGAUUCCCAGAAGAUUUUUGUGGUUGAUCAAAAGUCACCUGGAAGGGCACUGUUUAACCUGAGUUGCAGCCAUCUAAAUCUUGCAGAAAAGGAAUAUUUUGGAUUAGAAUUCUGCAGCCACUCUGGAAAUAAUGUUUGGUUGGAACUUCUGAAGCCCAUAACAAAGCAAGUAAAAAAUCCUAAGGAGGUUGUUUUCAAAUUUAUGGUGAAAUUUUUCCCAGUGGACCCUGGACAUCUGCGUGAAGAACUCACAAGAUAUCUUUUUACUCUUCAAAUAAGGAAGGAUUUGGCUCUAGGAAGGCUUCCAUGCAGUGACAACUGUACAGCGUUGAUGGUAUCUCACAUCUUACAAUCCGAACUGGGAGACUUUCAUGAAGAAACAGAUAGGAAGCAUCUGGCACAAACCCAGUACUUACCAAACCAAGACUGUUUAGAGAGUAAGAUCAUUCACUUUCAUCAGAAGCACAUUGGCAGGAGCCCAGCUGAAUCUGACAUUCUGCUACUGGACAUAGCAAGGAAGCUGGACAUGUAUGGCAUCAGGCCUCACCCUGCCAGCGAUGGUGAAGGGAUGCAGAUUCACCUGGCUGUUGCUCACAUGGGAGUACUGGUGUUGCGGGGAAAUACAAAGAUUAAUACUUUCAACUGGGCUAAAAUCCGCAAGCUGAGUUUUAAGAGAAAGCAUUUUCUCAUUAAACUCCAUGCCAACAUCUUGGUUCUGUGCAAGGACACCUUGGAGUUCACCAUGGCCAGUCGAGAUGCCUGCAAGGCUUUCUGGAAGACUUGUGUAGAGUACCAUGCUUUCUUCAGGCUUUCUGAAGAGCCCAAAUCAAAGCCCAAAACCCUACUCUGCAGCAAGGGUUCCAGUUUCCGCUACAGUGGAAGAACUCAAAGGCAGCUUUUGGAAUACGGGAAAAAAGGGAGGUUGAAGAGCUUGCCAUUUGAAAGGAAACAGUAUCCAUCUCAGUACCAUGAACGACAAUGCAGGUCCUCGCCAGACCUCCUCUCUGAUGUGUCAAAACAAGUGGAAGAUUUGAGACUCGCUUAUGGUGGUGGGUACUACCGAAAUGUGAAUGGAGUACAUGCAUCGGAGCCGGGACUAGACAGCCGGAGGAGGAACUCGGCAGUGGAAGUGACAUUUGCUUCUGAACUGGAGUAUUCCAAAGCAGAGGCGGAUCCCACAUUUUUACAUCAGUCCCAAAGCAGUUCCUCUUUCCCUUUUAUUUAUAUAGACCCUGUCUUUAACACUGACCCCAAUCUUGACCCUGAUCCCAGAGACUUCUUUGAGGAGAGAAGUCCUCUAAGCUCCUUCCAAACAAGCUGUAAGUUUGAUGACAAUCAGAUGAGCACAUCUUCUGGCCUCACAAGCAAAGUGAGUCCAGCAAGGCAACUAACUUAUACAGAUGUGCCCUAUAUUCCUUGCACUAGUCAGCAGGUUGAUAUCAUGCCUCCCCAAGUCUUUUUUUAUGUGGACAAGCCACCUCAGGUGCCCACACGAUCUCCAAUCUUGGCAGAGGAAAGAAUAAGGGCAGACAGCUAUAUAGAGUCCGUGGCAAUGAAGUCAGCCAAAAGAAGCCCAAGGAAUAUCAGAAUUAAGAGCUUUCAGCAAGACCUUCAAGAACUUCAAGAAGCAAUGGCCAGGACUAGUGGUAGAACCGACAUCGAUAUAGAUCUAGAAGAGGAAGACCCCAAUUUAGAAGACACAUUUGAAUACAACAUUCCAGAACAAACCCCUAAACGGUCCCAGAGCCAAUCAGACAUGAAAACUAUCCGUUUUCCUUUUGGGUCAGAAUUCAGACCUUUAGGGCCUUGUCCUGCUCUCAGUCGUAAGGCAGACCUGUUUACAUGUAUGUUUGCAGAGCAGGAGUUUCCAGAAAUUCUAACAGGUCAGAGUACAGCAGAAAGGUAUGUAGCUAGUGAAUCCAGUGAUUUGGAAGCAGAGAUUCUUAAACCAGACUACUACUCUUUGUAUGGCAAAGGAAUAAAGUCACCCAUGGCCAGAAUCCGCUUGUCUUCUGGUAGUCUACAGCUAGAUGAAGAAGAUGAAGAUGUUUCUUUCAAACCAUCAACUGCUGAAGACAGGACUUUGCUAAAACCAUAUAAUUACUUUUUAGCUUAAAAGGAUAAGCACUAUGAACAUUUCAGGACCAGUUCCAUGUUACCAGCUUGGUCAAGAAAUAAUGAACCUUUUGUAGAAAGUAUUAUCUUAGUACAAAUUCAUUGGUGUUGAGGAUAUCUUCCAAUUUGGGGCACCUAGCUUUUGAAAGAUCCAACUGCUGCCUUGUUCCUUGUGCUUCACACUUCUGUGUGAAAGAAUUCUGUAACAUACCCUCUCCUCACCAGCACUACGGUGGGGUGAAGUGGCUAUGUCAUAUCCAUUACACAUUUUCUCAGAGACACUGUAUGUGAAGGUCAGGUUCUUCAACACUGAAGAAGGUCAUAGCCUCGGUUGGUAUAUGGAACUGGCUUCUAAUGACAUUUAGUGAUUUAGUAGCUUGUGACUGUGUUGAUCAUUUUGUUCUUAAACAAUAUUAAACAAAGGUUUCAGUCCUUACUAUUUGUGUAGGGCCCAGUAAAAAGUUUUAAGGGAAAAACUUCAAAUUUUAUAAUAUAUAUAGGGGAACACUGUCCUCCUACAUCCUCAGGUUCAAGGUGGGGGCAUAGAUCCUCUUAACAGAAUAAUAAAUCUAGAACUUGGCAGAAUUCUAAACCUAGUAAAUUCAUGAAUUAAAUUAAUCUCUGAAGCUAGAUAUAUACUUGAUAAGGAUAUUAUGAUGUCUGAUGUAUAACUUUUAUAUUCUUAACUAUCUGCUUUGUCUAAUUAAAGAUAAUAGUUAACAGGCCAAUUUGUUUACCUAAUAUUUCCUGCCAGAAUUUAUUUUUGCUGUAUCUUUUUGCAUGUACGUAGGCAAGGAAAUGAGAUGUCAUUGCAAUAAACAUGGAAAAGUCCAUGUAAAUAAAGAAUAAGUUAUAA